CACUUUAUCUUUUGUUUUGUUUUGUUUGAAGUCAACGUUAGUUACUCUGAGUCUCUGAGUAAGAAGUUCAAGAUCGCCAUCUCCGUCUGGGUGGUUGCUUCACGCUGCUAUACCGAAUACUCUGUUGAAGUCAACGCUUGGUAGUGGUAGCUGGAAGUUCAAUAUCUUUUAGACUGCUGAUCAUUACUCUAAUUGUAUAAGGUUCUCCCUAAAGGUUAGUGGAGAAUGGCGACUAUUUAAUAUCAGAGGAUAACGAAAGGAAGAAAAAAGGAUAUAGAAAAUUGUUAAAGAAGUCUAGUUCAAGUAAAGCUACAAGAGCAAAUGGAGAACCAUCAAAGUUGCAUGCGAAGGAAGUCAGAAAUUCUAUGAGUGGCGGGGUGGCGGGGUGGCGGGGAGAUAUGUGGGGGGCAGCAGCUUCUGGUAUAGGUACAGCUGCAGCUUCUGCUGUGGGUACUGCAGCAGGGGAUGAGGCCUACAAAUAUGGAAAAAAAUAUGGAAAAGAGAUUAUCAAUAGCCUGAGUUGCAAAGUUGAUAAUGAAGCUGAUUAUGAUCUAGAAGACAACUAUGAAAGGUUAAUAGAGCAAGCAAAAAAGUUGUAUACCUGCAGGGAUGAUAUAUUGGCUCAAGCAAAGACAAAGCUGGUCACUCAAGUAUAUGAAGCUUGGAUUUCUAGGGUCAUGAAAUGUGAAGAAGAGGUGCGAAAACUAGAAACCAAGUACAAGAAAGAAAAAGGCAAAAAAAGGACAUGGAGUCAACGUUUGAUUGGGUCAAGCGAGUCACGCACAGAUCUUAGCCAAAGCAUGGCAGAGAAGUGCAAGAAACUGCAUAAUCUUUGGGUAGAGGGAAAGUCUGAGAUAGGAAUAGUGGUUGAGAAAUUGCCAGAGCAUGUGAUAAUUAUGCAUGGACCCAAAUCAGAAGACAAGAUAUUUCUUGACUCAACUGUUGAAGAAAUACUGGGCCAUCUGAGGGAUAAAACUGUAAAAAGAAUCGGACUUUGGGGAAUGUCAGGAAUUGGGAAAACAACCAUAAUGCAGAGCUUAAAUAACAAUGAAGAUACUGCUAAAAUGUUUGAUAUUGUUAUUUGGGUAACUGUAUCAAAGGAUUGGAAUUUAGAAAAAUUGCAACACAAAAUUGCUGAUCGGUUAAAAUUGAAUAUGGAAGGCAUCACUGACCCUAAUGAAAUUGCCCAACUAAUAUGUAGAGACUUGAAAAGCAAAAGGUGUCUACUUCUUUUGGAUGAAGUUCGGGAAGUUCUUGAUCUGCCUCUGAUAGGAAUGUGUGAAAGUGAAAAGGAUAGCAAGGUGGUAGUGGCAACUAGAAAUUAUCAUGUUUGUUGUGAUAUGGAAACUGAUUUGGAAAUUAAUGUGCAACGAUUGUCCGAAGCUGAUGCAUGGAAAAUGUUCAAGGUAAAGGUGGGUCGAAAUGUAAAUCUUCCAGGCAUUGAACCAAUAGCCAAGCUAGUUGUCAGUGAAUGUGCUGGUUUGCCCCUAUUGAUAGACAAAGUAGCAAGUAUGUUUAGAAGAAAGGAUAACUUUCACCUGUGGAGUGAUGGAUUAAGAAGUUUGCGGAGAUGGCCAAGUAUCAAAAUCCAAGGCAUCGAUGAAUUGAUUGAGUACUUGAAGUUUUGUUAUGAAGAUUUAGAUGAUGAGGUUAAAAAGGUUUGCUUUCUAUAUGGUGCAAUAUAUCCUGAAGACUAUGAGAUAUAUAAAGAUUAUCUGUUGGAAUGUUGGAGAGCUGAAGGUUUCAUUCAUGAUACAAGUGAGUUUAGAGUUGCACGUGACAAAGGGCAUUCCAUAUUGGAGGAACUUAUCAGCGUUUCUUUACUAGAGAAGAGUGCAAAGAUGAAUCAUGUAAGGAUGAACAAAGUAAUACGAAAUAUGGCCCUUAACAUUUCUUCCCGAAGUUGUAAUUUCAAGAUUUUGGUGAAACCCCGUGAAGGGUUGCAAGAGGCCCCCAAUGAGGUAGAAUGGCAACAAGCAAAUCGAAUCUCCUUGAUGGAUAAUAAAUUGUGCACUUUACCGGAAAUGCCAGAUUGCAAUGAGCUUUCAACAUUGUUAUUACAGAGAAAUCAAGACCUAGUAGUGAUUCCUGAGUCAUUCUUUGGGUGCAUGCAAAAUCUACGGGUUUUAGAUUUACAUGGCACUGGAAUUACAUCAUUACCAUCAUCAAUAUCUUGCUUGAAGUGUCUCAAAGCAUUAUAUCUGCAUUCUUGCAGCUGUUUAAUGGAACUCCGUUACUUAGAAGGACUUGAGCAUCUCGAGGUGCUUGAUAUUCGAGACACUAGCCUUAAUCAUUUUCCAAUUCAGAUUGGAUGUUUGAAUCAGUUGAAGUGUUUACGUAUGUCAUUGUCAAAUUUUGGCAUUAGGCAUUCAAGUAAUGUAGAAUAUUGUCGAAAUGUCUUUUCAAGUCUUCUUUUACUAGAAGAACUACUAAUAGAUGUGGAUCCAAAUAAUCAAAGUUGGGAGGUGACUAUAAAGGCUAUUUCUGAGGGAGUGGCUAAAUUGACGCAUUUGACUUCACUAUCAAUUUGCUUCCCUACUGUGGAUUGUCUUAAAAGUUUUAUCUCAACGAGUCAAUUGUGGAAGGAUUUCCACUUCACAUUUCAAUUUUCUGUUGGUUAUCAUGACACAACUCUUUAUAAAAUUCUUGAUUGCUUCGAAUAUCAAAUUAGGAAAUGUUUGAAGUUUGCAAAUGGUGAAGGUGUAGAUCCAAUAAUUUCUGACGUUCUUUUGGAAACUGAUGCAUUUGAAUUGAUUGGCCACAAGGGAACUUCAAGACUAUCAGAUUUUGGUAUCGAAAGUAUCAACAAGAUGCGAGGUUGUUUGAUUGAAGGAUGCAAUGAAAUUGAAACAAUUGUUGAUGGUACCAUAGUAAAGGGAAGUGCGUUAAUAUGCUUGGAAAAGAUGUUCAUAAAUAAUGUUCCAAACUUAAAAAGCAUUUGGGAAGGUCCUGUACAUAAUGGAAGCCUAUCACAACUAACAACUUUAACUUUAUGCAAAUGUUUGAAGUUGAAGAAGAUAUUCUCCGGUGGCAUGAUUAAACAACUCUCUCAACUUCAACACUUGAAAGUUUAAGAUUGUCCUGAAAUUGAAGAGAUAAUUGCAGAGUCUGAAAAUAAUGGCUUGAAACCUGACGCACUUCCAAGAUUAAAGAUGCUAGAACUUUCUAAUCUUCCAAGGGUAAAAUGCAUUUGGACAAGUGACUCAUUGAAAUGGCCAUCUUUAGAGAAGAUUAAGAUCUCCA